CCGUGUAGAUACCGUCGUGUAGAUCUUUGUUCCUUUAAUGACAUUUGACAUAUCAAAUGUCAACAUUAAAAAUUGAGGUUAUAGCAAAUGGAAGAAUUUAUGUCUUUUACCGCCAAAUUUGUUCGAAUAUCCUCAAACGCAGCUGUUACAGUUUGGAAAGGUUUUAGCACCAUGGCUACAGACGCUAAAAGUCCUCGUAUUUUAAAAAAAAUUGGUACACAUAGCGGAGUAUUCCAUUGUGAUGAAGCUCUUGCCUGUUUUAUGCUUAAACAACUUCCUGAAUAUGUCGAUGCCGAUAUUGUUAGAUCUAGAGAUCAAGAGAUUUUAGAAGAAUGUGACAUAGUCGUAGAUGUCGGAGGUGAAUACAAUCCAAAAAAACAUAGAUAUGACCAUCAUCAAAGAAGUUUUAGUGAAACAUUGAGUAGUGUACGCCCUGAUUUAAUACAAAAUAAAUCUAUAAAAUUAAGUUCAGCUGGUCUUGUGUAUGCUCAUUUUGGUUUAGAAGUAUUAACAGAAGUUCUUAAAAAGAAAAAUAUUGUUGCAACCAGUGACUGUUUGGAGUCUAUUUAUAAACACAUUUAUGAAGGUUUUGUUGAGGAACUGGAUGCCAUAGACAAUGGUGUACCUAUCACUGAUGGUAAACCAAAAUACAGGAUAAAUACUCAUUUGAGUGCAAGGGUUCAUAGGUUAAAUCCAGAAUGGAAUUCACCUAGUCCUGUGCCCAGUGAUGAAACUUUUUAUAAGGCAAUGGAAUUAGUUGGAGCUGAAUUUGUUGAAAGAGUUUUAGAGAGUACAACAGUGUGGUGGCCAGCUCGAGAAAUUGUUAAAAAGGCAAUUAAUAGUAGAAAACAAGUUCAUGAAGAUGGAAAUAUUGUUCUAUUUGAGGAAAGGUGUCCUUGGAAAGAUCAUCUAUUAUCUUUAGAAGAAGAAUUGGACAUUUCUGGAGAAAUUAAAUUUGUUCUCUUUCAUGAUUCUGGAGACUCUUGGAGAGUGCAAGCAAUUCCUAUUCAACCUGAUAGUUUUAUUUGUAGAGUGUUUUUGCAUAAAGAUUGGAGAGGUGUAAGAGAUGAUGAUCUUAGUAACAUUGCAGGAAUAGAAAAUUGUAUAUUCUGUCAUGCCACUGGAUUUAUAGGAGGAAACAAAACAAAGGAUGGUGCGUUACAAAUGGCUUUAAAGAGUUUAUCAGCACAUGUUGGAGAUCAAGAAUAGAAAAUUUAUUUAGAAUUUAUGUAUAUUGUGGAUUAAAUAACUUAAUAAAUUGAUCAUUUUUAAA